UGACCCGUCUCUCAUCUACGGCGGUGCCGCGGUGGACAAGGUGGGGAGGUGCAGCCUCAGCGAGGUGCUUUUCAUCCUCCUCGUCUCCUGUCAAGAAGGCAAGCCAAAUUCGUAUGCUCCUCGUCGGCUCGCCGGGCUCAGGUAAAGGCACCCUGUCCUCCCUCCUCUCCCGCACCUUCCCCACCCUCACAACCAUCUCCGCAGGCGACCUCCUUCGCUCCCACAUAUCGCGACGCACCCCUCUCGGCAUCGAAGCGGAGAGUGUCGUCUCAUCUGGCUCCCUCAUGCCAGACGAGACGAUGAUGCGCAUGGUCGGAUCAGCGGUUCGCGAGCUAGGCGCGGGGAAUUGGUUGCUCGACGGAUUCCCCAGGACGAGCGGGCAGGCCCGUCUGCUCGAUGCGGCAUUGGAGGAGCAGGGGAAGGCGUUGAAUCUGGUGGUGAAUCUGGACGUGCCCGAGAGUGUGAUCCUCGCGAGAAUACUGGAUCGAUGGGUCCAUCCAGCGUCGGGCCGGGUGUACAACCUCUCGUACAACCCGCCAAAACGCGCAGGGAUGGACGAUGAGACUGGGGAGCCACUGGUGCAACGUAGCGAUGAUAAUGAGGCGACAUUCCGCUCGCGAUUGGAGGCGUUCAAGGGGCAGACGGGGCCUAUGAUUCGGCACUUUGCUGAAAUGUCGAAGCGUUUUGGUGCGCGGGAAGAGUUGGGGGAUCAGGAGCGAGCCUACGUUUCGCUGCGCGGGGAGACGAGCAAGGAGAUCUGGCCUAAGCUCAAGGCGGUCAUGCGGGAGAGGUAUGCGCAGGAGGCGUUGCGGUGAGAUAUGAAUGACAAUGGAUUCACGGCGCGGAAUGGCUAGGAUACAGAAGUCACUACUACUUAGGUUG